UUUAUUAAGUUGAGUUCUUUCAGCAGAAAAACACUGAAGAGGCAUCAGAUCAUGCACUCCCAGAGACCUCCACUUGCACUCCUUGAGGGCUCCACCCUCGAUAGAAAAGGAGAAAUCGCAGCUUCACUCGUCUCUAGGCUGUGGAAAGUCUCCAAUUCAACUCUGUUCCAAAUGAUGCUGGUCACUGUUUUGUUGGCUACCAUUCUUGGUGACUGUGGUCCUCCACCCGAGUUACCAUUUGCUUUUCCAAUAAAUCCGUUGUAUGAUACUGAAUUCAAAACUGGAACUACUCUGAAGUACACCUGCCACCCUGGGUAUGGUAAAAUCAAUUCAAGUCGACUGAUUUGUGAUGCCAAAGGCUCGUGGAACUAUAGUAUCUUUUGUGCAAAGAAACGAUGCAGAAAUCCAGAAUUAAUCAUUGCCAAGUGCGAGCCCCCUCCAGACAUCAGGAAUGGGAAGCACAGCGGUGGAGAUCAAGAAUUCUACACAUAUGCCUCCUCUGUCACCUACAGCUGCAACCCCUACUUCUCACUCAUAGGCAACGUCUCCAUCUCCUGCACCAUGGAGAAUAAAACAAUAGGUGUCUGGAGCCCAAACCCUCCUAUCUGUGAAAAAAUUGUCUGUCGUCGACCACAGAUUCCAAAGGCAAUCUUUGUUUCUGGAUUUGGACCCCUCUAUACUUACAAAGACUCUACUAUGGUUAACUGUGAGGAACGUUAUAUCCUCAGAGGCAGCAGUUUAAUCUAUUGUGAAACGAAUAAUGAGUGGUAUCCUUCUGUUCCCUCUUGCGUAUCCAGAGUGAAUGGUUGCACUGACCUACCGGACAUUUCCUCUUCCUGGGAGAGAAAUGACUACAACCUAAGUGAUCACGAAAUAUUUGAAAUUGGAACUGAGUUGAAAUAUCUAUGUAAACCUGGCUAUAGACCUGUUUUAGAUGAGCCUCUGACUGUGACUUGUCAGGAAACUUUGACAUGGACAUCUUCCAAUGAGUGUGAGAGGGUAUGUUGCCCAACACCAGAUCUGGAGAAUAUCAGAAUCAUAAAUGAAAGGAGGUAUUUCACUGGUAGAUGUGUCUAUGCCUAUGGAGACUAUAUUUCAUAUAUGUGUGAUGAAAGCUAUUACCCUAUUUCUGUUGACGGGGAGAGUUCAUGCCACACAGAUGGCACAUGGAAGCCUAAAAUGCCAGCAUGUGAGCCAGUUUGCAGUUACCCUCCCAGUAUUGCCCAUGGACACUACAAGGAAGUUAUUUUAAUAACUCCUUAUCCUGAGGCUACAUAUGAAUGUGAUGAAGGAUAUGUUUUGGCUGGAUUUGCUACAAUCUACUGCAAGUCUUUUCACUGGCAACAUGCACCUCCUCAAUGUAAAGCUCUGUGUCUGAAACCAGAAAUAGUGAAUGGAAGGCUGUCUGUGGAUAAGGAUCAGUAUGUUGAGUCUGAAAAUGUUACCAUUGAAUGUGAUUCUGGCUAUGGUGUGGUUGGUCUCAAAAGUAUCACUUGCUCAGAGAAGAGAACCUGGUACCCAGAAGUGCCCAGGUGUGAGUGGGAGGCACCUGAAGGUUGUGAGCAAGUGCUCACAGGCAGAAAACUCAUGCAGUGUCUCCCAAGCCCAGAGGAUGUGAAAGUGGCCCUGGAGGUGUAUAAGCUGUCUCUGGAGAUUAAACAACUUGAAAAAGAGAGAGACAAAUUGAUGAACACCCAUCAGAAAUUUUCUGAAAAAGAGGAAAUGAAGGACUUAUUUUUCCCUUCAAAUCAACAUACAGAAUCUUCAUUCAUCCACCCUACUCUUCCUUGAGCACCAUCACUCUCAUAAGGGUCUGGGCUAGGAGAACUUUCUUAUUACUGCCAGAGAAAAUGUGUAAU